AUGGAAUCCCUCCUCAAGGAAGCUGACCUGGUCAGGGUCGUCCGGCGAGGUGAGGAGAUCACGACCAGAGUUCUGGAGGCCGAGAGCGAAAAUGGCUCGGCCAUACUCUCCGUGGACAAGGCCAGGGAGGAAGUGGGCUGGCAGGAGGUCGAGCGGAAGUUCAACGAUGGAGAGUGUGUGGAGGCCACGAUAACCGGCCACAACCGCGGAGGAGUCCUGGUUGAGGGGAAGCACGUGGAUGUCAAGAUACUGGAGGUUGACCGCUCCAGGAAGAGGGCGAUAUUCUCGGAGAAGGCGUUGCUCCAGGAGAGGCGGGAGUCGCAGAAGGAGCGUAUUCUCCAGGAGUUGAAUGAGGGAGAGGUGAGAAAGGGCAAGGUGUCGGGCGUUUGCGACUUCGGCGCUUUUGUCGACCUUGGAGGAGCGGACGGCUUGGUCCACAUCUCCGAGCUUUCCUGGGAGCCGGUGAGGGCUACGGAGGACGUGGUUAAGGUGGGUGACGAGCUUGAGGUCUACGUGAUGAAGGUAGACCAGGACACCAAGAGGAUAGCUCUGAGCCUCAGGCGCUUGGGCCCGGCCCCUUGGGACACCGUUCUGGAGCGAUACCAGGUCGACCAGUUGGUCGAGGGCACCAUAACCAAGCUGACCAACUUUGGCGCAUUUGCGCGCAUAGAGGGGUCUUUAGAAGGACUAAUCCAUAUCUCGGAACUGAGCCAUAACCUCAUCCAACACCCCAAGGAGGUGGUCAGGGAAGGGGAGGUCUUCACCUUGAGGAUACUGAAGAUAGAGCCUGAGCGGAGGAGACUGGCGCUCAGCCUUAAGCGGGCGGAGGAGAUUUAA